AUGCCCUACGCCCAUGACAGCCUCCUCCGACCCCGCCGCCGAGACGUUGACCCGCUGGCAAAGACUCGUGCAGAAACGUUGAAGCAAGACAGUGCCACGCGUUAUCCUUUGAGCCGUUUCAUCCUGCAUGGUCAAACCGUGUCUAACAUGCCUGUCAGCCAGUCCGUACUUUCACACCACGACGCCUACGGCUACACACCUGCGCAGCACCAUGACUUUGAGAAGAUUAUCUACGGCCAGAUGCUUCAAAGAGAUCGCCAAUCAGCCAUAGAAGAACAAGUCACCGCUUUAAUCGACUUGGCGGAGCGUUUUGUCUCGCCAGGAGAUCUGGAAAAGCAAGGCACCUUACUAGGUGACCUGGUGGAACGACUUUCCGCUAUGGAAACUCAGCUUCAGCGGCAGUCCACUCUUCACGCUGAAACUCUCCGAUCAGCAAUCAGCACUCAGUCCAAAGACAUGAUUGCAAGACGUGAUUAUGCUCUGUUUGGGGGCGGAGCCAGGGUCAUAAAGACGCUCACAACUGACACGCACUUGAAGCCUCCGGAGUCCAUCUUGGGAUCAAUCUCUGGCUGGUGGAAGGGCUACAACGAUGCAUGGCGACAUAUCAAACCCACCUCAGUCAUAUUGGAGCCAGACAUUAGCGUCGGUGAAUGCUGGUCGCUCUCAGGUUCUUCGGGUCAUGUCGGGAUUUAUCUUCAAGAACGUAUUGUCGUCACAAACAUCACCAUCGAUCACGCACCACCAGACCUUCUCUCCACUCAACAACAGCAAAGUGCUCCCCGAAGUAUCAAAAUCUGGGCGUUGCUGGACCCCUCUUAUGUGGAAGAAAUGGUCGCCGACGCUGGAAGCGGCAGUUUAUGUUGGCAUAUAGGCGAGCUCGAGUUUUGCAGGAGUACUCACUUCCUAACAGAUACCCCGAGUAAACCCUACCACAAGAACGAUGUUUUUGUGGCAUUGACCCGUUUUACUUAUCAGAAAGACGCCCCAUCUCAUGUUCAGACUUUUGCUGUACCAGAUGAGCUACUGGUGCCCAAGUUCGCUACACAGAUAGUCGUUGUGGAGUUGUUGACCAACUGGGGCUCUGAUACAACGUGUCUGUACCGUAAAAAGAGAGGAGCGUGCCUAUGCGAAGGGGAAGAUACCAAGAAAGAAAAAGUGGGGGGUGCUGCAGGGAAAGGACUGGAGGCUUCCUAUGGCGACGUGGUUGGCUCCGUGAACGUGGCCGAGAAGGAGGUAAACGAGUUUUGGGUCCUGGGUUUGCGGUUGACUCGAGGUCAAGCCCAGACGUUCUGGCCAGCUGCAGACGUUCGCGAGGUAGUGAUAACCGGGCUCCGAGGCGGAGCGGCUCGCUGGACAUGUAGUCAGACGAGGCCGAGAAACGAUGAUGGCAUGUCGGCGAGGGAGCGUGUCUCAAUGACCAUGAAGCGGCUGGACGGGAAGCCGGGCUUUGGAACUGCUAUGAGCGUCCAACAGGGCGAGGCUUUGAGGACGACAGGGGCAACUCGCUUUGCUCGCUCGUCCGCUGCCUCGUUUCUGGCGAUCCCUGGAUGGACUGGCGUCCAACGGAACAGGCCCAUCUGGUUGGAAAAGCUCGGUCAGAAGGUGGGCGGCGAAGAUCAGGCCGACGAGUUCGGCGUCGUAGACUGUGUGUUCGUCGAGCCGUCGAUGUGGAAACGCAGCGAAGCGACUAGCAAGUCGCCCCGGCAGAGGAUGGUUGCCUCCCGAGCCCUCUAUCGAGCUCGAGCCGUCGACGCAGAAAGCUGGCCUGUGCUGAGCUGGCAAGUGUUUGAUCGAUGGAAGAUGGAGUGGCAAUCUGCUGUCAUUGCAAGUGUAGACAGAGCCGUUCGAGGUCAUGGAGCAGAACGGCGGGGAUAUCAGGUGCAUGGGAGGGCGCGAGGAAGAUACCGCCUUGGGCGAGAGGGUGGAGAUAAGUCCAACGCAGCUAUCGGCCCCGUAGAGGGCCAGCGCCGACGUAUGGAUUCCAACUACGCUCAGGCUGGUACUAGGAAGAUUCAGACAUGA